AUGCAUUUCUAUUUGCAUUCGAGCUGUCCAACUAUUAUUAGAAUAUGUAUCGGUAUUAACUCGCGCACCAUCUCAUCGAGAACCUUUGCUGCGUGCUCCGCGUCCUCUGAAAACGAAUCCAACGAUACAGAAGCUAUGGCGGAGAUGGCUGCUCGGCGGGUGUACCAGGAUGACAGGUUGGUGAUAUGGGGUGAUUGGUUGGCGAUAUGUGGUGAUUGGUUGGUGAUAUGGGGUGAAUGGUUGAUGAUAAGUGAGAUUAGUCUAUGUAAGAUCUGCCGGGAGUAUGGUUACCAGGGCCCCAUGGUGAACGCCUGGGGCACGCCACCCAAAAAAAAGAAGGGCACCGUCAAACAAGUUGAAACAGCCGUGCAGGGGAAAAACGACGUGGAGUACGAUGAAGAAUUUGUCUUCCACGAGAAGGCGAGAUUGGAUAGAGAGCGGGAUAUUGAAGGUAAUUUGGAGGAUACCUGCAAAGUUAAACGCAAAGCGAGGGAGGGCAGCAUCACUGAUCAGCCCAAAAACCCCCAAAGCAAAAACCCAAGAUACACCGAACGGCCAGCAGCCAGGACAAGCGUAGAAGCACCAUCUCAUCAAUGUAUCAUCCGAGUGAGCUUCCUUGUCACUCCCCUGGGGAGACUUCUAUCCACAGGAGGUCGGUUUUCGCAUAGAGUGACAAAGCUAUCCUUGAAGACAUGCCGUCCGCAUCUGGGUUCCUUCCAGCAAGUAAAGGUUUCCUGGCUCUUGCAAGUACUGCGGCUGGUAAUCAGUUUGCAAUGUGUACAUCCAACGCAUCUUCUCAUGAUAAGCGAUGUUCCACGCCUCGCGGCGGUUACUCGCAGUCGUGUAAACUAA